AUGGAGGCGCACCAACACUCCCCAGAUAGCAGCAGUGAGGAGUGCACCGUCCUGGAGGCUCCGCCCGGAAAAAACGCCUGCCUGCAGCAUGCAGGGAAGGUGGCAGAGCUGUUCUGUUCGGCCUGCGAGUGUGCGCUGUGUGAGGACUGUGUGCCGGACCAUGAGGAGCACCCGCAGGUGGCCCUCAGCCAGGCCCUGGAGCAGCACCGCAGCAGCCUGCAGGAGAGGCUGGGGGGCGUCCAGAACAGACUCCCUCAGAUUUCAGACGCCCUGUCCUUCGUUAAGGAGAUCCUCCAACAGCUGACCAAUCAGAGAGCUUCCAUCGAGGAGGACAUCCAGUCGAGCUUUGAGGAUCUGCACAAGCAGCUGGAUGUCCGGAAGAGUGUUCUGCUGAUGGAGCUGGAGGUCACGUAUGGACUCAAACAGAAGGUCCUCCAGGCUCAAGUGGACAGCCUCGUCCGGGGAGAGGGGGACAUCGAGGCUUCCUGCACCCAGACGGAGGAGGCUCUGGCUGGGGAGGCGUGUGUGGCGAGCCUGCAGGCGGAGCAGGAGCUGCGGGAGAGGCUGGGGGAGCUGGCCGGACUCGGGCUGCCGUGCCAGCCGGAGGAGAACGACCAGCUGGAUCUGCUGCUGGAGACAGACGGGCUGAGGAAGUCCAUACACAACCUGGGGACCAUCGUCACAACCAGUGCGGUGGCGAGCCAGAGCGAAGCCAUGGGUGCUGGCCUGGAGCAGUGCGUUGUGGGACAUCCUGCCUCGGUUACCAUAGUGACAAGAGACAAGUCAGGAGGAGCCUGCAAGAGUGGCAACGCAAUCCUGUCAGCUGAGGUCUUCACCCCCGAUGGAAGCAUAGUGGACGGGGAAAUAGUGGACCACAAGAAUGGGACUUAUGAGUUUGUGUACACGGUGCCGAAGGAGGGCGACUUCUCGCUGGCUCUCCGUCUGUACGACCAACACAUCAAAGGAAGCCCCUUCAAACUGACCAUCAACAGGGUCUUAGAAGCAGAAGUAGAGGUGUCCCCCUCCACCACCACAGCAACCAACUCAGCAGCCUACGCCACCCCGUCCACGGGCUCCUCUGAGGGGGCAAAGAGACGAGGGAAGUCCCCCGGCCAGAAGAAAAAGGGCUCCAAGAGGGCCAGCAGCGCCCUGGGAACCCCACGACGCAAGACCCAGAACCCCAUUGAGGACGACCUCAUCUUCCGGAUUGGAACGAAGGGGAGGAACAAAGGAGAGUUCACCAACCUUCAGGGAGUCGCAGCCUCAUCCAGUGGCAGGAUAAUAAUUGCUGACAGCAACAAUCAGUGCGUCCAGAUAUUCUCCAACGAAGGGGAAUUCAAGAGUCGUUUUGGGUUGCGGGGGCGGUCACCAGGGCAACUGCAGCGUCCCACCGGCGUGGCUGUGCACCCCACUGGUGACAUCAUCAUCGCCGACUAUGACAACAAGUGGGUCAGCAUCUUCACCAGCGAGGGCAAGUACAAGGCGAAGCUUGGCUCUGGCAGACUCAUGGGGCCAAAGGGCGUAUCUGUGGACCAGAACGGUCAUGUGAUCGUGGUGGACAACAAGGCGUGCACUGUCUUCAUCUUCCAGCUGACCGGCAAGCUCAUCGCCAAGUUUGGUAGUCGAGGCAACGGGGACAAGCAAUUUGCAGGUCCACACUUUGCAGCAGUGAACAAUAACAAUGAGAUCAUCGUGACUGACUUCCACAACCACUCUGUCAAGGUUUUCACCCCUGAGGGAGAGCUGGUGUUGAAAUUUGGCUCCAACGGUGAGGGAAACGGCCAGUUCAACGCUCCCACUGGUGUAGCUGUGGACGUUAAUGGGAACAUCAUCGUAGCUGACUGGGGCAACAGUAGAAUACAGGUGUUUGACGGCAGUGGCUCCUUCCUCUCAUACAUCAACACGUCAGCGGACCCUCUGUACGGACCCCAAGGUCUGGCUCUGACCUCAGACGGACAUGUGGUAGUGGCCGACUCUGGCAACCACUGCUUCAAAGUCUACCGCUACCUGCAAUGA